AGAUAACAGCCCCAACAGUUGGACGAAGUGCCACCUAGUCCACCACCGCAACCUGAUGGACGCCAACUCUCUCUAACGGCCUCAAAGACUCAGAUCUCUGUGGACGUAAGUUCGAGGUGGAAGUUUCAGUUUGAGCUGCUGAAGUUCUGCUGUGGUUAAAGAGGAAGGCCGUGAAGAAAAAAAGAAAGAGAGGAGGGACGCAGCCUUCCGUUAACUCAGCCCCAGCGCGCACCGGCGGCAUUAAAGAGCACAAUGAGCGUCCCGCUUUACGCACCGACCCCCAUCCAACCGGCUCACCUGACCCCCUUCUACAUCGAGGACAUUCUAGGGAGGACUGCCACGGCCUCCUCCUCUCCUUCUUCUUCCUCAUCCACCUCCUCCUCUUGCUCUACCCCGGUCAUCCCCACCCCGACUCUUCCUUCGCCCAACUCCUCCUUCACAAGUUUUAUCUCACCGUAUCGGACCCCGAUUUACGAGCCCACGCCGAUCCACCCGGCGCUUUCUCAUCACGCAGCGGCGGCACUGACGGCGACGUAUGCCUCCACCGGGACCUUCCCCGGGUCCAUCUACCCGUUUCACCACCAGCACCACCGCUCCAUGGGGGACUACGCGCAGGCGUUGCUGAGACACGACCCUCUCGGUGAGUUUACUGAUUGUGCGCAAAAGUCUUUUUAGACUACCUCUUAAAACCCUCAAAAACAACGUGAGCUUUUAUUUGGCAUACCACAAAUUUAUUUUAAUCACAUCUCUGAAUCAUAAGACGCGUGUCUAGUUCCUAGAUUAGUCCCUUGUGUGUAAAUGCAGAUGGAAACAUAAUGUGGCGAUCAACAGGAGCGACUUUUCACUCUUUGCAUGGAAACUUCUCUAUCUUCACUCUAUCUUCACAAGCCUUGUUUCAGUGCCAACGAAACCGUUUUUGCAUAAGUAUAUCACGCUUGGUCAUGCAUGCAUGUCGGACUGAAGACAGUCUGCAGCAGCAUGAGGCCAAGAUAACUAACACUCUGGAGAGUAAACGUUCCUGCAGCUCCACUUUUCGGAAUGAUGUGUGGCUGUGCACUUAUGAGUCACGAUGUUAUUGUGACAGACCAGACAUGUUUGGGGGCUACAAUAGCAGCACUGAGAGGGUGAGGGUGAGUGUGUGUGUGCGCGAGAGAGAGGAGGGGGGUAACCUUGACUCCUUUUCCUGACGCCCAUUGUUCUGAGACAUCAGAGGAGCAAGUCAGCCAGUGACUAAAACAUAGCUGAGCUCUAAAUCACUUAUUAUUGAGUGUGUGUGUGUGUGUGAGAGAGAGAGAGAAAGAGUGUGUGUGCGCGUGUGAAAGAGAGUGUGUGUGUGUGUGUGUGUGUGUGUGUGUGUGCACGCGCGCUCAUAUGCCUUUGAGCACCAAACCUCCCCUAAUUGGAAGGAAAUGGCCAUAAAAUAAAUAAGGAUUGUAAUGUGGAUCAGAAAAUCCAUCUUUACGCACGCGUCUCACAAGCUUAACAGUCAACCCAACACUUGUUCAAUCUAUCCAAAACGUUUUAAACAUUUUAAAGUUCAAGAAAAGUCAGAUGUUGUCAUGAAAAACUCAGUGGACACUUUAAUGUUUUAGUUGUACUCAUAAUACUCUGAGGAUUGUGCGCACGAAACCAACAUUUCUAGCCUGAGCUGGUUAAGUCCUCGUCAAACUGUAGGUACAAAGAGUGAGCGAUGGUCCUCUUCAGUAUGGUGUGACAGGCGGACCGUCUGGCUUUGUGUUGCGGCUUUUUUUCCGUUCCUAGCGGAAGCCGUGAGCCUGUCGAUAGGAGUAAAUCUGGUUUCAGAAGCUGUUAAAUGUUUUCCUGGCUCACCCCGGCCAGCCGCUUCCUCGGGAGCUCGCUGCACGCUGCUGAUUAUUUUAUCGACAUCCUCAAUACAGACAUAUUCAGGAAACACUCGGCCUCUGAUAGCCCGGGAUCCGUUUUUCACAUAUUGUUGCACUUCCUCUGCCUGGCCAGCGAGGAUGUGGCUGACUUUCUUUAUGGUCGGCGGCGAGAAGAAAAUAAAGCAAACAAGGAGAGCACAUCAGGCCCAGAGGGAGCUUAGAAGAAUAGAUAAAGAGUCAUUAAGACAGAUUUACCGAAAUAGAAAAAGACUGAGCUUUAAAAUAACAGGUUAGAAACAAUGUGCUUUUGAGUGUCUGCACUGGGACUAAAAAUGUUUAGUCUCCUGACUGUCUCAAAGCUGUGACUGCAUUUGAGAUUAGUAAUGUUUUUAUUUCAUAGUCGAACUUGCAUGUGUGUUGAAUUUUUUACUGUUCGUUUGUUUGUUUUGUCAUCAAACUUUUUCCUUUUUUGGCCAAACGGGAUGCGAACCUCAGGUCUUCAUAGGUCUGCAGCAGAGGAUUUAGAUCCUGUUAUUAGUUUUUACGCUUCAAAUAAAAACGAGAUUGUGUUCACACAUCCACCACUCAGAAAUUCCGCGCAAAAAAACUGUUGAGUGCAUGAACUAAUAGAUAAGAGCAUAAAUCAGUAGGCUGGGAGCAAAAAAUACAACGAAAAAGCCUCCCACGUUAUAACUUUGCAUGAUAGGAUCCUCCAUGCCCUUCUGACUCAUAUUCAGUUGAAUAACAUUAGUUGGAAUUAUUUAAAAAUUCAGUGUUUGUUUAUCACAACACCCAAUCUGAGGUGUCAUUCUUAAGUCUGGGCCCCUUAAAAAAACAGUAGGCCUUUUCAUCACGGCCUAGACCACCCUUACACAUUCAUCAUAACCACAUGUCCAGUGAUCCAUAAAAACAUCUAAGAUAAUGACUUUGUGUUGCACAAAAGAUCAGGGUAAACUGUAAGAGGAGAGCGAAUAUGACAUUUCUUAUUUCUAUUCUUACUAGGGCCCGACCCAUAUGGACUUUUGGGGGCAGAUGCUGAUACCGAUCAUUAUGGGGGAGAAAAAUCCGAUUACCGAUUAAUCAACCGAUUUAAAAAAAAAUUUUUUAUGAAAUUUUAAAAUGUUAAUUUAAGUAAUACAUCUACAUAUUUAUUUUUUUUAACAAAUGGCUUUUGAGCCUUUCAAACACUUCUUCAAAGAAUUAAAGGCAGAAAACUCAUUUAAAAUCCUUUUUAUUGCUAAAACAACUGAAAAAGAAUUAUUACACAGCAAACAUGUCUUUUUUCAGGCUAAAUCACAUAGGCCCGUCAUGGCCGUAAUUUAACCCAAAAAAGACGCUGAAAUCUGGGUUUAUUUAGGCGGUCAUAAUCCAAACGUUGUUUAGACAUAUGAUGAAGACGUCUUUUCAACCACUUUAUGCUGGGUGGGUAUGAAUUAAAUGAUAAUAAAUGUCAUUUUACGCACACUAAUAGUGCUUUUAAGUGUGGGCAAAAUUAUAGCUGACUUCAACAAAAAGAAGCAAUAGAGGUCAGAUAGAUUUAAAGCUGCACAAAAACUAAUGUUUUGAGAGAUUGUAACAAAAUCACUAAUCAAAUUGAUGUUUUCUGUCAAAUCACUAAUAAGGACAGAUUGAGGUUAUAACUGGAGUAGGAAGCUGACCUGAACCCGCUUAAUGUGACAGGAAGGCAGACUCAGUCAGUUUGAAAACAUCUCAUCCUGCUUUUUGAGAGGAUUUCAGACACUUUCCACUGGAGGUUAAAAACAAAAACUAAUUUGUCACCAUGGCAACAACCCAUUUAAACAAGACGUGUAGAAGAGGCCAGAAGAAAAAAAAAUGGACUAUGGGAUGUGGACCAUAAGGGGACAUGAAGAUGCACAGUGCGCGCAGUGAUAUUUGAUCUUAUUGUCGAUCGAAGCUGUAACGGUUUAAUUAUUACGCACCAGCUUUUGCUGUCCAAUUCAGUUCAUUUGAUCAUAAUGUAGAAUGUUUUCAGCCCUCGGCAGCUUUGCAGGAGUUCUCUUACUUUAAAUUAAAAAUCUUUUACACAUUUCUUUAAAAUCAGCAGCAGUCUUAUCAUGUUUAUAUCAUAGACGCUGAUGAGGGCGCCCGUUUGUAUCAAAGAGGGCCCAGACUGAGAGGAUAAUUUCAGAGGAUCAUUGCCUUUGUCCAAACCUUUUUUAAUCGUUUUUUAAACAUGUUUGAAUUUCUGUACUGUUCCACACUCUGCCUCUUUGAGGACAUGACAGUUUACUUCGAUUUGGUCUCAGCAUAUCAACAUUAUUAAUAACAGUAUUAAUAAUGAUACAAUUCAAUCGCAACGAAAAACACAACUGGAAGCCUAAAACGCGAUUUUCUCUGUCUAUGGUUCCCAUUUUGUACUCGUUUUGAGUACUUUUAAUAAAAAUGUGUGAAUAUUUAAGAAAUUCCGGCUAUAGGAGGGAUAUCAGUAGAAGUCCCGGAGAAAAGAAAUCACCCUGAACUGUCAGUCCUCACCGAUGAGCUUUUUAUGGUUGUUGAAGUGCCUUUUUUCCAGUAAUGAUUGUAGUCUUAGUAUAUCGAAACAAGAUUAAAAAAAAAACUGGACAGUAAAAACACAGUGAAAUAAAUGCGCAAACAAAGUGAGCUGCGCGUAAAACCGAGAGUAACCUCCAUACAUUUGAAUAUAAAUACCUUAAUACUAAUAACUGCACAAUACUUAUAUUAAUACCAUUUUAAAGAGACAAUUUCUGCUCUGAUUAAUCAGUGUUGAACUGGUUCGCAUCAUAAAUCAAAUAAAGUUAAUUAUCCUUUAAAACGAAUCCAUUUUUUCAUCUGCGUCUUUUUUCCACGGUGCGUAAAGAUUCAUUUUGUUGGUUUUAUUCACGAAAUCAACCACCGACUGUUGCAAGAUCUCAAAGUAAACAUAUUCGUUUUACUUAUGGAGGUCAUUAACUACCAAAAAAAUAAAAAUAGAAAAAAAAAUGCCCGAUUGUGAAGCCGAGGAAAUGGAUCUGAGAACGGUUCUUUCAGUUAAUUUAUGAGAUAAAUCCACAUUUAGACUAAAUUUAGACUUAAACUGUUAACUUUUAAAACAUUUUUUUUUCUUCUUUUCUGGAUUGACUAACUUCCCGUGUGUGGAGCCGCCUGAGAAACUCUGUGUCUGCAGUUUGUCCUCAGCAGCAGCAGUUGUUCUGUAUUGAGUCAGUGAGAGCAGAGGACACAAGCGUCUGUCGUUGGAUGCCAUCGCCUAUAAUCACACCACAAAGCAGGAAGCACAUGAAGCGGAUAUUUGGCCAUAGUUUUCACUCUGUCACGACCUUCCUCAAAGACAGCAGCAGCAGCAGGGCCGCGUGCAGCAGGCCAGCGUGCAGCUCUGCUAUUGUUCCUGCAGGUCAUUAAGAGGAGGAAAGGAAGAGAGCCUGAUUACUGCGCUGCACGGACCAUCCUCCCAGAAUGCAUCCGCUCAGCAGGCGCGGGAUACAACAUAAACACUUAUUUAUUUUGUUGAAACAACCGCGAGGGCAAUAAAAGUCUUACAUCCUCCCAAAACCAAACUGCCAUUAGUUACAGGGAAUAACCCUUUAAUCAAUAAUGGUGAAUAUAUAGGGUGUCAGAAUAGUGGAGACUUUAUUCUCAUCUUCCACAGAUGUUAUAGGAUAUUAUUUGUAUUUCUGUAUUUUGGAUUUUGAAUAUUCUCCGUUUCCUCCUCCAAAGGCAAGCCUCUGCUGUGGACCCCGUUCAUCCAGCGGCCCCUGCACAAAAGAAAAGGGGGUCAGGUUCGCUUUUCCAACGACCAGACCAUCGAGCUGGAGAAGAAGUUUGAGACGCAGAAGUAUCUCUCCCCUCCGGAGAGGAAGCGGCUGGCAAAGAUGCUGCAGCUCAGCGAGAGACAGGUGAGACCACCGAUUCUGGUUCAUUAUAGAAAAAAUAAUCAUCUAUAUCCGUGUUUAUAGCCUCUUAAUCCUUUUUAAGAUCCCGUGUAACUGCUCCCGGUGCGCGUACGCACUGGUAAACUACUGCUCGAGACCUGAAUUUUAUGAACCCACAUUACGACCCCCUUAAACUACCAUGACACGAAGCGAUAUUUGAGAUUAAACAGCUUUAAAAGCUUAUUAUGGUCUUCAUCUGAACGGCGCGCUCUGCGUAAACUCUGAUUUCUCAUGACUGAUCUGAUGCAGGUGCUGCUCAAGCUCAACCCACACCGUGAAAUGGUCAAAUAAAUGAAAUAUGAUUGAAAUUAGUAGGAUAAAUGAAUACAAAUAGCUGCACCAAUGAAUUGCAAAUUAAACGUUUCUAUUGUUGCCCUUUUUACAGCAUGUCAUGGUGCAGGUAAAAACUGUGAUAUUUCUAAUUUUCAGGGUAUAGUCAGAUACUGACCAAAAAAACCCAACAUGUAUCUUCUGAGAUGUAUUUUCUUUCCUUGUGCCCUGAACUGACAUAAAGGGCCUUGCAACAUCAAAUGACUUCAAACUGUUUAAGUGAAUGCAAAAUAUUCAAGAAACUCAAAAGCAGAAAGUUGCGAAAGUGUUACGCAAAAUGAGCAAUCAUUACAAAAACUUAAGAAAUAUUUCAUGAAAGGCAGAGUGUUUACGGAGUUCAAAAAUAUGUCACAAAACAAAAAACAAAACCCAGGACAAAAAAAAAAAACAAAACCUAAAGAUAAUUACUUUAUUAUUCUAAUACUCACUGAAAUACUAGAUUAAUCCCCAAAGGCAAGUUUCCCUCUUAAACAUAAUUUGUAUUCUUUCAAGAAUUUCCUACUAUACCAAUAGUUCGUGCCAAUUUUAGCACCCCCAAUAGGACAAAGCAGCCUUUGCUUAUUCUGUCCUUCACAUGAUUAAGUGUCUUCCAGCCAAAAAUCUCAUCCUUUAUUAGGAAAAUUGAAUCUGGAGAUUGUAAAAGCUGGACUGUUUCUUCAGCUGCUUUGCUGACACUGACCCUCUUGCACCACUUUGGACCAUAAAAAAUUCUCAAUCUCAUCUCUGAUGGUCUUGUUUGCUUUUGUAUAUCAUAGAAAGAAUUCAAUAUGAAAAUCAGUCUGUUUUAUUACCACCAAAAACCUCUUCACUGGAGCUUUAAUUGGCCCAAUAACCACAAAGUUAUUGCAAUGGAUAGCUUAUGUGAAUCAGAAUUUUACCUUAAAGAGUUCCCUGUCUUUGGUGUCUACAGACCAUUAAAUGUAUUUCUAAAAAAAGUGUAUCUCAACAAUAAUCUGUUUGAUAAACCUCAAGAUGACUUUGAUUGAUCUUAUUUAUCUUCACUUUUCAGGUCAAAACUUGGUUCCAAAACCGACGAGCGAAGUGGCGAAGACUGAAACAGGUGCGCUUUCACUGAUCCCUUUAUCAAAUAUUAUUAUGAUUAACAUCUCUGACCUCUUUAUUUACAUGUUAAUCACUUUUUUAAAAUCCUAACAGGAGAACCCACAGGGGGGAAAGAGGGAAGUGGAGGGGGACAGCUCAGCCGGGAGGACCAACAAAGCAGAGGAGACCACAGAGUCCCCCGAGAUCCAGAGCCCGGCACACAGACACUCUGCAGCGACCUCUGAGCUGUCACAGAGCGGCCGAUGCGGGCGCUCCGUCUCCCCCAAACACUCAGAGCUGGACUCUGAGGUGUCAGAGGACACAGACCAGGAGCUGGACAUAGAGGACGACAGUGAGUUCCCUCUGAACCCUUAGUCUUGACUGAGCCUUCACGGGGUCCUCAAUGAUACUGGAUCCACUGGGACACUAAGGAGCUGGAUGAUGAAGAUCUCUGGAUCCCCUGACACUCAUCACUCAGCUUUAUCGGACUCUGUCUGUUCCACAAAGACACCCAUGGCGGACUGGCUCCUGGUACAGAUCAGACAUUUCAACCUGCAGUGCCUUUUUCCCCACACAGGACAGUUGUCUGGUUUCUCUUUGUGUAUAUCUCUGUGUACUCUGCUGUGUUGUGCUGAUGAUCUCUGUAAAUAACCUGAAGGCCUUUCUCUUGUACUGUAUGCUGUUUGAAUGAUGAAUGCUCUUAAGACCAUCCACAUGUGCCUUAAAAUGGGAUAUUCAACCAAUGAAUGAAGGACUGAUGAUGCUCUGUUGAGUCAUGUGUAAUAAACUAUGUUUGUGUUACAUCUGCUGUCACUUUGGGCUCUGAAGAGGGAAACAUUUACUCAGAUUGAGAGUUUAAACUCUGACUUCAACUUUAACCAGGAUAGUAUGAUAGUACAAGCUUGAAAUGAAAGUGUACUAAAGAGAAAACCCUCAGAUAAUAGAAAGAGGAAAACAACAGGGUUUAAAACAAACCACAAACAACCCAAAGUCAUAUUUGCAGUUUUUAUUUCAAAAUUUGUGAUUUCAAGACAAAAUGUGAAAAGAAGUUAUUUCUUAUUUUUUAUUACUUUUUUUUGUUUCUUCAAAUUCACCCCAAAGAGUAAACAGACAUUAAAUAGAACAAUUAUGAUCAUAUACAACAAACUAUAAAAACAAUAAAGAUCUAAGCAAAAAAGUUUUAAUGUUACAUGUGUGUUAAGAGAGUAAAGUCAUAUUAUAACAAAUAAAAACACGAUUUUACAAAACUAAUGUUGUAAUGUAAGGAGAAUUAAAAUAAAUAUCUGAUGAGAAUAAAAAAGACAUGGUGUUACAAGGA